AUGGCUGCUUAUGGAUCUCAAGCUGUCAACAAGAGGCAGAAGACAACAACAAAGGAAGUAGGUCGAAAUGUUGACUUCAAUGAGUUUUUUCCAGGAAAUAAUUUGCAGUCGCAUGCUGGCAAUGUUCAUAAACUCUGGGAUGAUGAUACACAAACCCAAGAAAAUUAUAAGAGGCGUUUAAAAGCUGCUUUUGAAUUUUACUACAAACUUGGAGUUAAAUAUUGGACUUUUGAAGAUCGUAAUGUUGCUAUUGAGGGUAGCACCUGGGAGGAAACUUGUCAAAACAUUGAUGAUACAGCACACUUGGUGGCAGAAUUACAGUUACACACAGGAAUGAAACCUUUAUGGGUCACCUGUGACUUGAACAAACAUUCUAGAUACAGGCAAGGGGGUUUCACUAACCCAGAAUCUAAUAUUGUGGCCACAGCUGCAGCCCAAGUGAAGAAAGGAAUGGAAAUGGCCAACCGACUAGGAGCUGAAUGUUUUUUGGUGAAAGAUUCUAAUGAAGGCUACAGCAGCAUUUUGAACACAGACAUGUCUCGAGAACUACGUCACUAUUCACGCCUUUUAAAGACAACUGCAGAUUACAAGGAGCGUUUAAAUUUCCGAGGCCAACUUUUGUUUCAACCCUGCUCCCAGAAAUAUAAUUCAACUGUCCUCCAACAUAGCUAUGCACCAAACGCUCUUGCUGCUUUAUGCCUCCUUAGGCAUUAUGGAUUAGAGCGCCACUAUAAGUUGGACAUUAUGCCUUCAGAUGAAGUGUUCCUUGCAAGUGUGUAUGGGACAGUGGGAUGCCUUGAAAUUGUUCAGCCCUUUCAUUAUCAAGACGUAGCUUUUUCUACUCUAUUGAUGAAAAAUGUCAUUGAACAGGGUGGUUUGCAACCUGGAGGAGUGAACAUUGGUAUACCUAAUUCAAGGGGUAUGUUUGAUAUCAAAGACAUGUUUGCAGCUUACAUCAGUGUUAUUGACAUGUAUGCACAAAGUCUUCGUAAAGCCUCAAAGCUGAUAUCUGAUGGAUUGUUCACCAAAAAUUUACAGGUACCUUUUUCAAAGGAUCUAGCUCUACGAGAUGGUAAGAUGAGUGAGCAACGUUACCUCAGUUUCCAUACUGGAUUUGGCAGUCGCUUAGAGAGUGGAGAAGCUGAUUUAGAAGAUUGUGAAGAUCAUAUUCGUCGACAACCUGCAGAUGUAAUGUUGACUUCUGGCCAGGCUGAAUAUUGGCGGGCAAUUUUUACUCACUACUUAUAAACUAAGAAGCUUAAAAAAUGGUUUCAAGAGAAUUCAUUAUGCCAUUUAAUUUACUAACUUUAACCUUCUUUUGCUUAAUUUUAAAUCUCUUUCUCCAAUGCUAAUUCUGUGAAUGAAAUUUAGCUCUGUUAGGGUUAAAUCAAUAAAAGAUUACUUUUCAUUUUUAAUUGUCGACUUUUACAAAAGAAUAUAAUCAAUUGCAAAUUGAAAGUUAGAUCACAUUGAUAACAUAAUGAGAAUUCAAUAAAAAAUAGUGUUGUGCUCUUGGGAAUUUUAAAAUCUAUUGAGCACUAGAAAACAAUUUGAAAUGCACAUCAAGAACAUUUUUUUAUUAGUAUUAUACACAAUAUUGUAUCAGAAAAUUAGUAAUUGUCAGUAAAGUCCUAAAAGCAAGU